CUCGCACGGCACUUGAACUGUCGUCUCACAAUGCGCUCAGACAGAUCCUUGGUGCGCAAGCGUGACUCCAGGUAGUGCUGGAGAGUAAAGUGCCUGAAGUUGUAAUUGUCAUGAAGUGUGCGAGCAGAUAUUUGGGUGUCGAUCAACAUACCAACUACGGGACCACAUCGAUCUUGACCAGGACAGCUGGUGUCGUUGGCACAGGAACCACUUUUAUUCUCAUUGCCACUGAUGCUUUCAACAAAUAUCAGUCGGAGACGGGUGCAACGCUCGAUCCAGCUACUAGCUUGCUAAAGAUCUCAUCAGAGCAAUAUAACAAGCUCUCAUCUAUGUAUUUCAAUAUCAUCCCCAAUGCGCAAAUGUGGCCCCGAUCAUCAAGCAGCAACCUUAGCGGUACCCACGACGGCAGAUACCUGAUUGUUAGUGACAUCCGGAGCAACUCUGGUUCUGGCUUCGAUUUUGUCAAAGGUUAUUAUUUCCUGGGGCGCUUUUACUCAGUGUUCGACACGAUGAAUUCCAGAGUCGGGUUUGCCAAGACUGUUCACCAAUCUCACGUUCGAUUUACUGCGGACUCUCGAAAGAUGAGGGUUUUACCCGUAUUGAUAUUUGAUGUUACAUAAAUAUCUCAAGUACCUCUGUUUUUGACGAUCCCUUCACCGGUGCUUCGCAAUCUUCGUAUGAGAACUUCAAAUGAAGAGGAAAUUCCUCUUUAACUUUGUGUUGUUGUGCCCAUGCCAUGUACGUGUUUCUACGGCUGCUGCCACCGAAUAACUCGUGGAUACGUAUGUCUAGUAGCUAAGGUCCUUGCCAGUACUUUUGAUGACAAGGUGCACGCAGAACCCGUAUAUGCAGUGGCCGGAGGUGAAGACA